AAAGCCUUUAUCCGUGGACUAUAGACAACUUUAGCAUUUGUCAUAGGAGAGGAGUAAAUUCGCCAGUCUUUUCAACUGGGCCUAACGAUGAAUCAGAAUGGCAGCUUUCGCUGAUGCCUUGCGAACCCCGUCGUACAUUCUAUAUGAAGGUAUAUUUAUAUAUGAAAUCCAGCAAAAAGAACGUAGUUAACGCCAAAGUUAAGUUUAAUCUAUUGAAUUCAAUAGGAGAAAUAGUCUUCGUAACCGAAGAAAGUUCUCACGUUUUCACUGUAGAAACACCUUUUACCUAUAUGGAUGUAUAUGAAGACUCUUUGCUAAACGAUAACCAUCGGUUACUUAUUAGAGAUAAACUAGUAAUUUCUUGUAUGAUUGACGAGGAAUAUAUAGUUAAUAUCACUGAGCAUUUGAUAGUAGGAAAAUAUGAAGAAGACGAAGACAAGUUGAGGUUAGAUUUUGGAAAUUUACUCCAAACUGGAAAAUUUAGCGAUGUUACAUUGGCCGUGGAUGGCCAUGAAAUUCGGGCUCAUAAAAAUGUACUAACCGCUCGCAGCAGCGUGUUUGCAGCGAUGUUUGAGCACGAAAUUGAAGAGCGCCAACUUAAUCGUGUUGUGAUAGCCGAUAUCAGCCAUAGUGUAUUAAAGGAGAUGCUAACGUACAUAUACACGGGCAAAGUAUCUUAUUUAAAUGACAUUGCUCUCGAUUUAAUAACGGCAGCCGACAAGUAUGCUUUAGGAAGUCUUAAAACAAUAUGUGAAAAUUCACUGCGCGUUGACCCUUCGAUAGAAAAUGCUGCCGAAAUUCUAAUACUGGCUGAUUUACAUAAAGCGGAUCAGCUGAAGGCAAAAAUUAUAACGUUCAUCAAAGCGUAA